AAAAGUGCUCCUCCAAGUGUUGUUAUCGUCUUUCACUGCAUCGUGCUGUCAUCUCAGUGUUAACAAACUAAAAAUCAUACUUCUGCUAUCUACUUCUUUUCAAUUAUUCAAGCCGGCGCAAUGUCUUCUCCCACUCCUCCCAUUGGACCCCCUUCCAGGGCCGUUCCAUCGUACAAGGCCUACACUGGCCCCGACCCAAACACCGUUGCCGCUCAACGAAGUAAAGCCGAGGCUGAACGAUACUGGGCUAGGAUGAGUAAGAAAGCGGAUGAGAGCGUUUUGCCGGUAAGGGUCAAUAAGGCUCUGGGUUUCGGAGGAUGGAUUGCUGGGACUGUCGCUUGUGCAUACAUGGUGUUAUUCGCAGAUUUUGGACCUAAGGAGCAUGUUUUCAGUCCUGUGAGAAGAAAAUACCAAAACUUUAGACAAUCAUUCUUCACCCUUUCGCCGGAAGAACAGAGGAUAGUGGGGCUGCAACAAGAACCACGGGUAGAAGAUGAAGCGCAGAGACGGCCUUCAUGAAGAUGAGAGUCAACCCUGAGUCAUAGUUGUAACGCCAAAUUUAGACAGACAGAUUCUUGAGCCAGGACGAUUUAGUCCAAUACCCAGCAUUGUAUACCAUUUAGAACCAUGCAAGAAUCAU